AAGUGACAGUUGUCAUUAGUGAAAUUCAUUCAGAAGAAUUGUCAAUUUUCAUGAUUGGCACCUUUACACUUUUGUUUAUUUGCAAGUAAUCAUGGCAUCAGAAAGAUAUAGCUUUUCGCUAACCACUUUCAGUCCUUCGGGAAAGCUGGUCCAAAUCGAAUACGCUCUUGCAGCAGUUAGUGCCGGCGCUCCUUCUGUAGGAAUAAAAGCUUCAAAUGGAGUGGUUAUUGCUACCGAGAACAAGCACAAAUCUAUUCUCUAUGAGGAGCACAGUGUACAUAAAGUGGAGACCAUCACCCGCCACAUCGGUAUGAUCUAUUCCGGAAUGGGGCCCGAUUAUAGAUUGUUGGUAAAACAGGCUAGGAAAAUUGCCCAGCAGUACUAUUUAGUUUAUCGUGAGCCAAUUCCUACGGUUCAACUGGUGCAAAAAGUUGCUGCUAUUAUGCAGGAGUAUACACAAUCGGGAGGUGUUAGACCUUUUGGUGUGUCACUUUUAAUUUGCGGAUGGGAUAAUGAUCGGCCGUAUCUAUUCCAAUGCGAUCCAUCUGGAGCCUAUUUUGCUUGGAAAGCUACUGCCAUGGGCAAAAAUUAUGUCAAUGGUAAAACAUUCUUGGAAAAGAGGUAUGGUGAGGACCUUGAACUAGAUGAUGCGGUCCAUACCGCCAUUUUAACACUUAAGGAGAGUUUUGAAGGCCAGAUGUCUGCUGAUAACAUUGAAGUAGGAAUUUGUGACCCUUCGGGCUUCAGAAGAUUGGAGCCUUCGCACGUUAAGGACUACUUGGCUAACAUCCCAUAAAUGUUUUAAAUAUGUUUGAUUUAAAACUAAUCACUUUUCUAAUAAUAAAAUUGAUUAUAUAAGAGCGGGAA